GCCCUUGCACAUCAUGUAUUUGAGUGUGUAAAGCAUAUUCCUAGUGCCCAUGGUUAUUGUUGGCGACUCUCACCAGCAUCGCAUCUACUACAAAUAACCAAGGAGACACGUAGACAGCGUUUAGACCGAGAGAAAUGAAGAUGAGAGGCGGUAUAAGAGUUUGCUAGAGGGCGUUCGUCGUGGUGUGAAGCAAAGCGCGUCUUCCCCGAGUCACAAUAUUUCCUGCCCGAUCGUCGCUCAAGUCGGCCCAUUUCUUGCACCGUUUAUCACUCUUGGCUACUUCCCUCUUACCCUCAACCUCAUUAUUCAUUACCCAGAGAAAUGGAUAUCUCAUCUGUCCUCCAAGGUGGCUACCAACACCCUCUCUCGCGAAAAUGGCAAGCCAAGCGUAGUCUCACCAAGGAGAUGCUCAUGUAUCCCAUCUUCAUAACCGAUGACCCUGAUGCACAAGUCGACAUUCCCAGUCUGCCAGGUCAGAGUCGAUGGGGUGUCAAUAAGAUCGAGGGAUUCCUUGGGCCUUUGGUUAAGAAAGGCUUGAAGAGUGUUAUCUUGUUCGGUGUGCCUUUGACAUGCGAGAAGGACCCAAGAGGUACCCCAGCAGAUGAUCCCCAAGGUCCCGUCAUCCUCGCCAUAAAGCUCAUCCGUAAACUAUUCCCCGAUAUCUACAUCGCCACGGACGUGUGUCUCUGUGAAUACACCUCUCACGGACACUGUGGUAUUCUUCACGAAGACGGCACCAUCAACUCUACCCCAUCAGCCGCACGUAUAGCCGAAGUCGCUUUAUCCUAUGCCAAAGCAGGAGCUCAUUGUGUUGCUCCGAGUGAUAUGAUGGACGGACGAAUCAAAGCUAUCAAGAGAGCGUUGAUUGAUAACGGGUUUGGGAACAAGUGUACGUUGAUGAGCUAUUCGGCAAAGUUUGCUAGUUCGUUGUAUGGGCCUUUCAGGGAUGCGGCAGGCAGUGCUCCAUCCUUCGGCGACCGUAAAUGUUACCAACUUCCUCCGAAUGCAAAGGGUCUCGCACGACGAGCUAUCCAACGAGAUGUAGGCGAAGGUGCAGACAUCAUCAUGGUCAAACCCGCAAUGCCAUAUCUCGAUAUAAUAGCCGAUGCAGCCCAACUUGCACCUGACUACCCUCUGGCGGCCUACCAAGUCAGCGGAGAGUACGCGAUGAUAGUCGCUGGUGCAAGGGCCGGUGUAUAUGACUUGAAAACAAUGGCAUUUGAAAGUAUCGAGGGUAUCAUUCGAGCUGGGUGCACACUCAUUCUCACCUACUUCACCCCCCAAUUCUUGGAUUGGUUAGAUGAAUAGAUGCAGAAACGGGAUCAUCCAGUCAAAAUCGGUGUAUUUAUAUAUUUAUAGGAUCGCAAUUGACCUCCUUUCAGUGCUC